UAAUCUAUAACGUCUGAUAUAUUAUCUAUAAUGACAAAAUGAGAGAAAGGGAGGCAAGUACGUACAGAGAUCUACAUUUUCCGGCUUCGAUCAUCGGAGGAUCUUUCGCCGCCGUCUCUAUUUGUCUCUCCGUUUUCCUUAUUCUCCAGCAUCUCCGUUUCUACACCAAUCCCUCUGAGCAAAAAUGGAUUGUUCCUGUUCUGUUUAUGGUCCCAGUUUAUGCUACUGAAUCGAUUAUUUCCUUGUCAAAUGCAAAAUUCUCGCUGCCUUGUGACAUUUUGAGAAACUGCUAUGAGGCUUUCGCUUUGUAUUCCUUUGGAAGUUACUUGGUCGCAUGUCUAGGUGGUGAAAGGAGAGUUGUUGAAUUGCUUGAAAACGAAUCAAGAGAACCAUUAUUAGAAGGAGAAGCAAAUGAGAAGAAGCAGAAACAGAGGAAUCCAUUUUGGAAGUUCUUGUGUGAACCAUAUGUCUUGGGACGAGAGCUCUUUGUGAUAGAGAAGUUCGGUCUUGUCCAGUAUAUGAUCCUCAAAACCUUUUGUGCAUUCUUGGCAUUUUUGUUGGAGCUUCUCGGUGUUUAUGGUGAUGGUGAAUUCAAAUGGUAUUAUGGAUAUCCAUACAUAGUGGUGGUGCUAAACUUCAGCCAGAUGUGGGCUCUGUUUUGCCUAGUGCAGUUCUACAACGUUACUCAUGAACGGCUUAGAGAAAUCAAACCCUUGGCCAAGUUCAUUAGCUUUAAAGCCAUAGUGUUUGCCACUUGGUGGCAAGGCUUUGGGAUCGCGUUGCUUUGUUAUUACGGUGUGCUUCCAAAAGAAGGAAGAUUCCAAAACGCAUUGCAAGAUUUCCUCAUCUGCAUCGAGAUGGCCAUCGCAGCCGUGGCUCAUCUCUUUGUUUUCCCAGCUGAGCCUUACCACUACAUCACAGUAUUGGAGUGUGGUAAAAUCACGGCAGAAACUAGCAAGAAGACAGAAGUUAAACCAGACGAAGGAGGCGGUCUUGUAGAGACGAUAGAGACUCACGUUGAAGCAUCUGGUACGAGCAUUAAGGAGAGCGUGCAAGAUAUAGUUAUGGACGGUGGACAACACGUAGUGAAGGAUGUGGUUCUUACGAUAAACCAAGCGAUGGGACCUGUGGAGAAGGGUGUAACUAAGAUCCAAGAUACGUUUCAGCAGAAGCUUUUGGAUUCAGAUGGUAAAGAGGAAACAGAAGUGACCGUUGAGACUUCACUGGAGCAAAAAGAUUCAUGAUGAGGUCGUACCAUUACA